UCUUUCCGAACAGAAUUUAUGCGGGAUGACUUACGCUAUCUGAUCUUUUAGAACACACUUUCGCAGCAAUCUCUUUUGCAACGCAAGCAAGCAAAUGGAACAAACAACGGUAUUAAAGUACCACUGUCUAAUCCCACUCUAGAACAACAACGUUUCUCAUCUUCUCUACUCAGUUUAUACCCCAUUAUCACAGAACCCUAAAAAUGUCACAUUUAGCCCUUUCCUAUUCUGCAGCCCCUUUGUGUUUUUCUCAUUGGAACAUUCACAAUUCAAAUUCCAUAACAAAGUUUUCAUGUAAUUCCUUUACCCCUUUUCGACAUAGAACAGUUUCCCUUUGUAAAACAAGACAUAUAGAUAGCUACUUUAGAAACAACCCGAAUGUGCUACAAAAGUAUGCAUUAAGAUGCAAGGAGGGACAUGAUGGUGGUUAUUCAUUCACUGGAGAAGAUGGAACGAUAUUUUUCAAUUUGAAUGAUGAUGAAGAUGAGAUUGAAGAUACAGGGUCGCCAUGGGAAGGUGCGGUUAUGUACAAGAGAAACGCGUCAAUCUUACAUAUGGAGUACUGUACUACUUUGGAGAGAUUAGGUCUAGGAUUCCUUUCAACUGAUGUUUCGAAAAAUAAGGCUUCUGUUAUGGGAUUGCGAGUUACGAAAGCAGUGAAGGAUUAUCCAAAUGGAACUCCGGUUCAGAUUUCUGUUGAUGUUACCAGGAAGAGGAAAAAAUUGAGGCUUGAUGGGAUCAUAAAAACUGUCAUCACACUUUCAUGUAAUAGGUGUGGCAUGCCAUCUGCUGAGACCAUAUUCUCCGAGUUUUCUCUUUUACUCACCGAAGAACCACCUAUUGAUGAACCAGAUACUAUUAAUUUUGUUGUUAUUUUGGGGAAAGACAAAAUUUCAUCCCGUAGAAAAAGUGGCGAAGAUGACGACGACGAAGAUGCACUAAUCGAUUUGGAUGAUCAACUCCAUUUUCCUCCUGAAGAGAAACAAAUUGACAUUUCAAAAAACAUAAGAGACAGGGUGCAUCUUAAGAUUACCUUGAAUUCAGUAUGUGAUUCUGCGUGCAAAGGUAUGUGCCUAAAAUGUGGUCAAAACUUUAACACUGGCAAUUGCAGCUGUAGCAAAGAGGAAAUAAAAGAAGAAAGCUUUGGCCCACUUAGUAACUUAAGAGAGCAGAUGCGAUUGAAAAAUUUAUGAUAGGUCAUGUUUAGGGUUUGGUAGCAGUGCUGAAUCAGUAUGACCUUUGUGAGUUUGAUGUACUAAAAUUGUUAAGCAGUUAAGCACAUCGCUCGAUAUUCUUGUAUCUAUGCUCAAAAUGUACUCUUCUAGUUAAAUCUAGGCCUCACAGCUAUCUUUUGAAUUAAUUUGUACUGGUAAUCGGUAAAGCAUAGUCUAAAUAUCUAUUGCUUAGUUGUUUUUUCUUGCUUAGUUCUUUAUAAUCAAGUUUAACUACUAGAAGGGUCUUGAUCAGCUUAUUUAGGUGUUUCACCUGCUGAUUGCUCCGGUCUGGUUUAAUGAUUUUCAUUAAUUAUUAUUUCAACUUCUGGAA